ACUGCAGCGAGAAAAAAAAAACGAAACGUGAACCGGAAAGAAAAUAAAUUCAACCCCCCCCCCCCCCCGGUGACGUCAUGUAAACAUGGCGGCCCUCAGGACCGUGUCACGCUGACCGUUAAAGCCGCGACAUUUUUUAAUUAAGUAGUUCAUUCAUUGACUUUUUUUCCGGGCAGAUCAUGGGACUAAUUUAACCGACCAGGACCUCAUCGGGGUGACGCCAUGUUGUCUUCGGUGGUUUCCGUUGGCUCGGUCAGGUCGCUGGCCUCCCUGAGCAGGAGACUGUCCACCAACCAGCCGGGCUCCACGGACGGAGCUCACCGCCCUCCACCCGAAACAAGCGCUCCUCUCCCGGACGGCGAGGAGCCGAGACCCACGAAGGACCCCAGCGGCUGCUCCGUCCUCCUCUUCCCCGGCCAGGGCAGCCAGUUUGCGGGCAUGUGCAAAGGACUUCUGAAGUACCCCAACGUCAAAGAAAUGUUCUCCGUGGCCCAGAAGAUCCUCGGGUACGACCUGCUGUCGCUGUGCCUGCAGGGACCCGAGGAGGAGCUGGCGAAGACGGUUCACUGUCAGCCGGCGGUGUUCGUCACGUCGCUGGCUGCGGUGGAGCGGCUCAACCACGAAAACCCGAAGGCCAUCGAGACGUGUGUUGCUGCUGCAGGUUUCAGUGUCGGAGAAUUUGCUGCCCUGGUUUUUUCCGGCGCCAUGAACUAUGCGGAAGCGCUGUAUGCGGUGAAGGUUCGUGCAGAGGCCAUGCAGAAGGCAUCCGAGCUGGUUCCCAGUGGGAUGCUGUCGGUCAUCGGUAGACCUCAGGCCCAGUAUAAACACGCCUGUGUGCAGGCUAAAGAGCACUGCAGGAGCCUGGGGAUCGAGGGGCCGGUGUGCUCCGUGGCCAACUAUCUGUUCCCGGACGGCAGAGUCUUCGCAGGGCACCAAAAGGCUCUGGAUUUCCUGCAGGAGAACUCGCGACGCCUCCAUUUCGCGAGGGCCAAACCUCUCCCGGUCAGCGGGGCUUUUCACACCGAGCUGAUGGAGUCGGCUACUGAACCCCUCAGAGAGGUGCUCAGACAGGUGGAGGUGCGCCGCCCCGAGAUCAACGUGUACUCCAACGUGGACGGCAAGCGCUACAUGAGCGAGAGCCACGUGCGCAGGCAGCUGGUGAAGCAGCUGGUGUCGCCCGUCAAGUGGGAGCAAACGCUGCACGAGAUCUACGAGCGGACGCAGGGGCGGAAGUUCCCUCACACCUACGAGGUCGGCCCGGGGAAGCAGCUGGGCGCCACGCUCCGAAAGUGCAACCGGAAGGCCUUCAUGACGUACGCGUGCGUGGAAGUCACCGCGUACGAAGACGAAUAAAGCCGAAACGCGGGGCCUCCCGUGCUCAUUGCAGCUUGUACGUGACUGUUAAACCUGCGAGCUCCUGUGGUUGCUUCUUAAGGUCUUUUGUAUUGUGUAAUUAAAUGGUUUUUUUUAAUGAAUGAGACUGCAAAAUGUUG